AUGAAGGCGCUCAUUCUCGUCGGAGGCUAUGGCACGCGCCUGCGCCCGCUGACCCUCAGCGUUCCGAAGCCCCUCGUCGAGUUCGCGAACGUCCCGAUGGUGGUCCACCAGAUCCAGGCCCUGAAGGAGGCAGGAGUUGAUGAGGUGGUCCUGGCGAUCAAUUACCGUCCCGACGUCAUGGCCGACUUCAUCAAGGAAUGGGAGGGCAAGCUCAACAUCAAGAUCUCCGUUUCGAAGGAGGACGAGCCCAUGGGGACUGCCGGUCCGUUGGCCAUUGCUGCGAAGACGCUGGACGACGGCUCCGGGGAUCCGUUCUUCGUGCUGAACUCGGACGUCAUCUGCGACUACCCGCUCCGGGACAUGCUGAACUUCCACAAGCAGUCCGGCGCCGAGGGCACCAUCCUCGUGACGCGCGUCGAGGACCCGUCCAAGUAUGGCGUUGUCGUCAUGGACGGCAAGGGCAAGAUCGACCGGUUCGUCGAGAAGCCGAAGGAGUUCGUGGGCGACAAGAUCAACGCGGGCAUUUACUGCAUCUCCCCCGAGUGUCUGAAGCGCAUUCCGAUGAAGCCGACGUCGAUCGAGCGCGAGGUCUUCCCCGCGGUCGCGGCCGACAACAAACUUUUCGCGUUCACGCUCCCGGGCUACUGGAUGGACGUCGGGCAGCCCAAGGACUACCUCGCAGGCCUGAAGCUCCACCUCGAGUGCCUGCGCGCGAAGAACCCCGCGAGCCUCAGCUCCGCGUCGUACGUCAACGGAAACGCAAUCGUCGAUCCGUCCGCGAAGGUCGGCGCGAGCUGCAAGAUCGGCAACAACGUGUCGGUGGGCAAGGAGUGCGUGAUAGAGGACGGCGUGCGGCUGGAGAACUGCGUCGUGAUGGCCGGGUCGAAAAUCAAGUCGUUCGCGCGCAUCAAGAACUGCAUCGUCGGCUGGGACUCCACCGUCGGGCAGUGGUGCGUGCUCGACAACCACUGUGUCCUUGGCGCCGACGUCUACGUGCGGGACGAGCUCACGCUCAACGGCGCGGUCAUCCUGCCGCACAAGGAGAUCAAGGAGGACUGCCUGGAGCCGAAGAUCGUGCUCUAG